GAGUCACAUGACUCUCUGUUUAUUGGUCAUAUGAUUUCGCGAAGCAUUAACGGCUGUGAUUACUUUUAAAGCGAGUAGCUUGACAGUUAUUGUGGGGAUAUAUGAGCAAAAACACUUAAACGCAGAUAUAAUACAUAUUGCAUUAAAAAAAAACGUUGACAUGGGAAUUCUCUAUGUAUUCUACAUUUUAGCUUUACGACAAACUUUUAUUUCUGGUUUGACACAUUUUGGGACAGUGUUUGAUAACGAAGAAUGUCCUAACAUUGGGCGAACAAACACUCAACUUUUGCAAAGUGAAUUGCUUUAUAGUGAAAUUUUAACAGUAGGACAUAACAUUCCCGAUAAAUGCAUGAGCUAUGUAGCUGAUUUUGGGGACGAUGCAUCUAUGUUUAUUAAAUGCUCCGUAAGCAAUGCUCGACCAUUCCGGUUUUGUGAGAAUUGCUAUUGCCAUUAUGUCAAAGCUUCAAAUGUUUAUGAAAGACUUGUCAAGGAUGACUUUUGUAACAAUCAGUUGCUUAUAGCUGACAAGGUACAAAUCAUCCACACUAUAAACAGGUCCAUGGACAGAAUAUGGCAAGAUGCAGAUUGUGAUAAAUGUUUUGCGUAUCUACGUGAAGACAACGGAACUGUUCAUUCUGCACUUACGUCAGAGACUCGAGAAUUCCUAGAUCUCUAUCGAAACUUCACCACCUGCAUCAAUGAAACUGAGCUGUCUGCCAAUCAAACCGUAUGCGACACAUGUCGGCCAUACUAUAGGAAAAUGAACGAGAAAUUUGACAAUCUGCUCAACGACAGAAAGGACCCUGAGCAUGUCUGCAUGGAUAUUGUAGAUAUGAUGAAUUACACACGUAUAACCUGGGGUGAGGAGCUGAACUGCACGAUUAGCCACAAGAACUUAGGGGCCAUUUGGGCGGCCGUGGUAGUCCUGGGGCUGACCCCUAUAGGGUUCUAUGCAAGCUUUGCUGUCUACGGGGCCAAGCGGACACGCUCACCCAUGAGACAAAAGAGACUUCAAAGUCUUGCAUAUGGAAGUUUGGAGAGUCCUCGUGCUGAGACUGUGAACGAAGACGAAUCGCCAGGCAAUCAUGUUUCCAAUCAUGUGACAGCAUCUUAGUCAGACCUCCCCAUCAAAACAAACACCAUGUGAUAUGCUCCAUAAUUGUACAGUUUUUACAUUCCGGAUUCUUAAUGGGUCCUACCAACGUACAAAACAAAAUUUGUGAUGUGCUUAUUAUGUUGACAUCCUUGAUUGAACAGCCUUAUAACCUGACCCCGUGUGGCCCUUUCCUUGAUCAAUCAUGUUUCUAUUUAUAAUUCUGAAUUCUUGCAGUUACUAAUAACUAUACGAUAGUUAUGUAAACGUCCUCACACAGUCAUGGUUGACAGUAACUUGUAUUUUUGAUAAUACAUUCCAUAACAUGUCUGAUAAAGUUCAUAUGACCUUAACCCUUUGCAUGCUGGGAAAUUUGUCGUCUGCUAAAAUGUUGUCUGCUGAAUUUCUAAAAUUAGCAUUUUCUUCGAUUUUUUUCAAAGAAUAUCAGAAUAGUAAACAGUUUGGAUCCUGAUGAGACGCCACGUUCUGUGGCGUCUCAUCUGGAUCCAAACUGUUUGCAAAGGCUUUCGAAAUUCAGUUCCCGCACUGAAAGGGUUAAUACCAAUUAAAUGUGGGAGGGGGUUAUACUGGUAUCACAAUGGUGUCUGUCAAUAUACCAAAACUUGUCUGGAGGCGUUCUCUAAGACUUUUCAAUGUUAAAUAUUCAAUUUUGCAUUGCAUUGUUAUUCAUAAUUCGCAGGUGUACAUGUGUAACUAAUGUCAUCCUUCAUUCAAAAUGUUUAAAGUUAUGCCCCUUUUUAAAGUUAGAUAUUCUAUAAAAUCAUGCCCUUUGUUUGUUUUAUGUUUUUAUAUUCUGCACAAAGCAUAUUUCAAACUGUAUAUGAGGUGUCAACUUGAAACAUCAUAGGCAGGUAGAUCUCAUUUGUGUUAGGGGAGGGGGGCGGAGUGCAGUUGAAUAGUAAUUAAAACUGUCUCUUCCAUAUUUAAAAGUUAUGGCCCUUUUCAUAUUACUUUAAUUAAAUUUUGUCUCGUGCAUAUGCUUACAGUUUUAAGAUGUUUAAAUUUUAAACUUAAACUAAGGAAGGUAGACCUAACUGAGGUGAUGUGAAGGUGAAAAAAAGAGACAUUUCUCUUGUAUCCAUAUUUUGAGAGUUAUUGCCCUUUAUUAGUUUGCAUACAUUAAUUUUCUCCACAACAUAUGUUGACAAUUACAAAAUGUAUCAGGUUGGAACGUAAUAUGUAGGCAGAUCUCAGUGUGGUGACGUGCAGUGCAUAACAACCAUCACUCCUCCUAUCAUAAUUUCACUGUUAUUGCCCUUUUUAUGUACAUGCUGAAGUGUUUUCCAGAAAAUACCUUGACUAUAAUAUUAAGACAAAGUAAAUCUUCAUAUGUUGAAAGCUUGCAUUGUUGAGAAACCAGUUCUUAACACUCAACUGCCAAUGACCUCUGACAUGUGGCAUGCGGAGGGUAUUUAAGACAUAACAGUGACAGUUCAUUUUUGGUAUUCGGGUGGUUGUACUUGUACUCAUUUCGUUUAUUGUUGAUUCUGUCUACUAGUAUAUCAUUUGAAUUAUUUUAAGACAAAUCUGUUUGUUUAUAUAUAUAUUGUCUUGUAUAUUUAUUUAUUCAUUUAUUAAUGCAUUUUACAUGACUGUUGUUAACUGCUGGAUGGAACAAAGAUGUAUUUUGAGAUUACAUUACAGUUUUAUAUAAGCCUGCAAUACAUGUAUGCUUCUGUUACUAGUAAUUACUGCUUAUGGCAAAACUAUUUGAAUAUUUUAUCUAAUGAUUGACAUUCAAACAGUUGAAACACCAUUUACUUAUUGGCAAAUAUGUAUCAUAUUUAAUACCCAAUAUUGUCCAACUUAUUUUUUUUUGUUGUUGCUAGAUUUGAAUCCAGAUGUCACUCAAAACUACAAAAUGGAUUAAUUUCAAUGUUCCUGGUCUCGUUUCACGUGUCACUGCUAUUAAAAUCUACUGUACUGCUGGUGUCAGUUGACACAAAUAUCAUCGCUGGUUACAUACAAUGAAGUAGGUAAAUCACCACUGAUAAUUGGUUUUCAUUAUUGGUUAUUUAAACUAUUGCUCUUUAGUGAAAACAACACAUCAUGAUACAAAAGAUUCAACACACAUUUAACCUGAAAACUUUGCUAAAAUUGGAUUAUAGAUUUAUGUUUUAUAUCAGUGACAUGUUUAGCUUUUGUAACUAUGUGAUUACUAGUGCAAUUCAAAGGGGCACAGCGAUUAUUUUGUUAUGUUUGUAAUCUUCACAUUAGAAAACAUAUUAGCAGUGAUGAUCUUGGAUAUUUGGUUUAUUUGAUAAAAAAAUAUUUAACAUAUUUAUACUUAUCGUUCAAAUAUUCAAAUUUUUUACUAAAUGAAAAUUAUGAAUUUGUCCUAUCCCUAUAAAUGACACAAUAUCACAAAACAGAAUCAGUAAUUUGCUUCCCUUAAAUUAAGUUAAAUAUCACGUUUAAAAAAGAUGUUUGUAGACCAUCGACUGCUUUGGUUACAUUAUCUUGAUUAAUAUAUUACCAAUACAACCAUUUUAUUUAUUGUUGAUCGAAGAACAAUGGUAAGCAAAUGUUUUAUUGUAUUUCUUAAAGUCAUCAUGGUAGGUUUUAAUUUAACUUGCGUACACUAGGUAACCAUUUUACUCUUUGAAUCGCUUUGUGCAAUAAGUGAAAUGUUGUUUAUUUUGUGUAUUCAUAACAUGCACUUUACUCUUGGAAAUCUGGGCAUAAUGCGUGUGCAUAAAAUGUCCUCCAAAAUAAGCCUUGAAGUCUGCACAGGCUUAUCAGGGAGGAUACUUUCGGAUUUUAUGAAAUUGUAUGUUUAAAGGAAAUCUCCUCUUAAUGAAAAUCCAGUCUAGACAGAGAGUUUCGUGCUGAAUAUGCUGUGCAGACUGCACAGACUUAUCUGGGACGUUACUAAACCCACAUUCAUUAAGCCCCGUUUUUUCAGAGCAGGCGUGAAUGUUUCAUGUAAAUAAACAAAAUGGUUUCAA